CGCUCGGUGUCCCAGCAGGCCUCAUCCGCGGACCAGGCCUCGCGUCGGCGCAAGCCAUGGCGGGACUGAGCCCGGAGCAGGUCCGCAAGUUCCAGGAAGAUGGCUUCCUCGUCCUGGAGGGGGUCUUUUCUCCAGAGGAAUGUGACGGGCUCAGGGCAAGGAUCGCGGAGAUCGUGGCAGGGAUGGAAGUCCCACCCCACUGCCGGACGGAAUUCACCACCGACAGGGAGGAGCAGUUCCGGGCACAGGGAAAUUCAGAGUAUUUCCUGACCAGUGGCGACAAAAUCAGAUUCUUCUUUGAGAAGGACGUGUUUGACGAGGAAGGCAACUUUAAGGUCCCCGAGGACAAGUCCAUCAACAAGAUCGGUCAUGCUCUGCAUGCCUAUGACCCCAUCUUCAAGAAGAUCACUCACUCCCCACAAGUCCAGGAGAUAAGCAGGAGCCUGGGGUACAAGGAACCUGUGGUGGUCCAGAGCAUGUACAUUUUCAAGCAACCGCACAUUGGCGGUGAAGUGCUCGCACACCAGGAUACCACCUUCCUCUACACGGAGCCACUGGGCCACCUGCUUGGGUUCUGGAUCGCAGUGGAGGAUGCCACCCCGGAGAACGGCUGCCUCUUCUUCAUCCCGGGAUCUCACAAGGGUGGCAUCUCCCGGAGGUUGGUGCGGGCUCCUCCAGGCUCCGUGCCGGCCACCCACUUCAUCGGCUCUGAGCCAGUUUAUGACGACAGCAGGUUCAUCGCCACCCCGAUCCGGACAGGCGGCCUCAUCCUGAUCCAUGGAGAAGUUGUGCACAAGAGUGAGCUCAACAGCUCCUCGCGCUCUCGCCACGCGUACACUUUCCACCUCAUGGAUUCAAGGAGCACCAGCUGGAGCCAGGACAAUUGGCUGCAGCCCACCCCUGAGUUGCCGUUCCCAGCGCUCUACGGCUAAGGCUCGGCGGCCGGUCACGCUCCUCUUCCACCCACCUUCUACGAGAAGAGAGAGGGCUGGGCUGUGGGGCUUUCUGCUCCACCUGCUUUCUCUCCAACAUGCCUCCUCAUACCCUCCCUCUUCUAUCUUCCCCCUCCCCCUUCUAUAUCUCCCCUCCCCAUUGUCCCCUUGCUCCACUGGAGUUGGAACCCACCAAGCUAUGGCUUGGGCUGAGCCAGCGCGAAGCCUGAGGUUCUCCUAUCACCUCUGACUAUUAAUAAAGCAUGGCCACACUCGCUCUGACCUGUUU